AACGUGAAUUUUGACAAAUCUGCAGAACCUCUGCAGAAAUGGCUGACAAACCAGACGUCUCGGAAGUCGCCAACUUCGACAAGACCAAGCUGAAGAAGACCGAAACCCAGGAGAAGAACACCCUCCCCACGAAAGAAACCAUCGACCAGGAGAAGACUUCAUAAUGAAGUGCUGUGCGUCGUACGUUCCACAAGCCUUACUACUAUUCUGUUCCAAUGUGUAUUCCAACUGCGGUACUUAAAAAACGUGUCUGCUAAGCCACCAAGCCGCUCUGCUCAUGACCCCCCCCCCCCCCCCCCUGCUCAGUGAGGGAGUGUGGCUUGUCUGCAUCUGUUGCUGUGGAUGCAUCUGGAACACCUGCGGUGGGGGGGGGGGGGGGGGCGGCCGGACGACCUGUACUUCCCCAUCAUUUGUAAACCGUCUGGCGACUUGCGCAUGCGCUCGUGGCAAGCAGUGUCUUUUGUAAGAAUCUGGAAUGCACAAGCUUGUAAAAAAUACGCUAAAUAAAAAUGUAUACUGA